UGAAGUGAACCCUGAAAAAAUUCUCAGGGUUUACAGUAGUGAAUACCUGGAGGGGCGCAACAUGGAUACAGUGGAAAUUGAUACUGAUGAAACCACAACAUAUGAACGCACAGAACUUUUUAUAAGUAGAUUUACUGUGUGGGAAGAUGCGCUUGAGCAAUUACUGUCGAUAGACAACCUACGGUAUCCCUUGUAUGUUUCCUUUCACGGCGAGGAGGCCAUUGAUUAUGGUGGGCCAAGGCGAGAAUUUUUACAAAUCAUGGUCACCGAAACCAAAAACAGGCUCUUGAGAGAAGAAAAUGGUGUUGUCACCCUCCUAGAAGAUGAUUGUGCGCUUCACAACAGUAUUUUUUGGGUGGACUAAUUUGUGGACUUAGUCUGCUGCAAGGUGGACUGUGUCCAACCUUUGUGGAAUAUAUAUUAGACAAGGAAAGCAAACACCACAAACAGUUUAUGUCUGGACUAAGAAGGGUGGGGAUUAUACAGUUGAUGGAAAAACUCCCCACCCUGAGAAUGAUUUUCAAGGAGUCAAAUGCAAGCCUCACUUUCCCCAAGAUACAGAGGCUUCUUAAAGCAGAAUUCUCUGCACCUCAAUCUUCCAGGUGCAGAGAAGAAGAACAUGUGUAUGGGCAGUUCUUAAGAUAUCUGAGGGAAGUGGCAGCAGGUAGAAGAAAGAGUGUGACGUUAGGGCAUGUUCUAGCCUUCUGCACAGGUGCAAGGGAAAUCCCCUCACUGCGAUUUCCAAGUGACAUAACUCUGACAUUUUCACUUGCAACAGAUUCCAUGUUGCCAACAGCCAGCACAUGUAUCAUGCAAAUGAAUUUAAAGAUUCCAGCUCUGGGAGUGGAGAGGCCCCCCAGGAAUUCAUUUACAAUUUGUGGGACUUGGCUUUUUCUAACACCUUUUUUGGCCUAUGUUAAAGAGACAUAUAAAAUCAUCUUUUUGUUUGCUUCGUUGUAAGUGAGUUCAGGGUAUAUAAUAUGAAGAGCUCUUUUUUGGAUGUUCUCUAAGGCUUUAGAUUGCUGUGUGGUAAUUCCAGCAUGCCAUAGCUGACAAGCGUACUCAAGUGUUGGUCUGAGAUUGCUUUUAUAAAUUUGUAAGAGUUCAUAUCUCGGCACCCCAGCGUGUUUGACCAUGCAUAAGAAAUACAGUCUAGAGGCAGCUUUUGACAGAAUUUUUUUCUAUAUGUAAGUCCCAUUUCAAAUUAGAACUGAUAUGAACUCCCAGCAGUUUGGCAGGUGGAACUUGUUCGAUUUUUAUACCAUCAAUUAUUAGGUUAUCAGGUACAGUUGGGUCUUUACUGAAACAGAUAAACAGUUCAACAGUUUAUUUAGGAUUAAUUAGCAUGUUAUUUUGUUUUGUCCAUUCAUGUAGUUUCGAGGCUGCUAUGGGAAGUUUAGAUUGUGUAGGUUUGGCACCUUGUUCUAUUUCCCUUGGAGAUGGUUGGUGAACUGUCUCACAAACUGUAGUGUCAUCCACAUACUUUACU